AUGGAAGGAAAAAGAAUCGAGAGCAGUGAAGUUUAUGUUGCAGCAAUGUGUGUAAGUAUUCUCCUCUUUGCUCCGGUUGGUGUGUCCCAACCAAUACCAGCGGAUAAAUCUCAAGUAAAUGCUUGGUUUAAUGGCAUUAUCAAGCCCGUGAAAGAAAGGGGUAACACCUUAGACCCUGAAUUGGUUGAGGCCGAGACAGAACCUAGAAUUAUAAAGGUGAUGCAAGGUGGGGGUGGAGAAUUCGAUACCAUAACCAAAGCCAUCGAGAGCGUUCCAUCAGGGAACACCAAACGUGUGAUUAUAUCCAUCGGACCCGGAUCUUACAAAGAGAAAAUCAGAAUUGAAAGAAAUAAGCCUUUUAUUACAUUUUUAGGAGAUCCUAAAAGCAUGCCAAAUUUGACAUUUGAUGGAACCGCCAAGCAGUAUGGAACCGUAGAUAGUGCCACUCUUAUUACUGAGUGUAGUUACUUUGUGGGUGCUAAUCUCAAUAUAGUGAACACUGCUCCUAAGCCAGACGGGAAAAUGGUAGGAGCCCAAGCGGUUGCUUUGAGAGUCUCUGGUGAUAGGUCAGCUUUCUAUAACUGUAAAAUCAUCGGCUUCCAAGACACUUUGUGCGAUGACAAGGGCAACCAUUUCUUUAAAGAUUGCCAUAUUCGUGGUACUGUUGAUUUCAUUUUUGGAAGCGGGAAAUCUUUGUAUCUGAACACAAAAAUAUUUGUGGAAGGAGAUCCGGGACUUACAGUAAUUACAGCACAAGCGAGAGAAAGUUCAUCAGAGGACACGGGUUAUUCGUUUGUGCAUGGUAGCAUUUCUGGAACAGCGAAGAAUGCAUUUUUGGGCAGGGCCUGGAAGAGCAGCCCAAGGGUUGUUUAUGCAUAUACUGAAAUGGGCAACGUUGUCAAUCCUGCUGGUUGGUCUCAUAAUCUCCAACCUGAACGAGCCAAAACUGUUUACUAUGGAGAAUAUAAAUGCACGGGGCAAGGCGCCAAUCCCAAGACACGGGAGCCAUUCGUCAAACAACUACCGGAUGCAGAAGCUCAACCAUUCUUGGUUCUUGACUAUGUUGAAGCUACCAAAUGGUUGCUUCCUUCUCCAACAGUACCUAAUUAAUUCAUUCAUUGUCAACUUAAUCACGCAAGUAGCAUAUCUUCGCAAUA